GUUUUUCACUAUCCUCGCGCACGUCUCAUAUCAAAUGUUUUACCCAAACGUCGUGCAAGUAAAUCAAUUUUCGCUCCGUCGUCGGUUAUGUCUGUAGAUAUUAUUUUUUUCCUCAUAUUUUCUUAUUGUUUUCCACUCCGUGGGAAUUGCUGAAGAUCGAAAACCACAAGGAAAUAUUGUUACUUUGUAUACUGUUAGAUGGUUUUACGGUUUUGUGUAAGUGAAGGAAAAUUCAAACAGAAAGAAAAUCUCGAUGGUCUAUUUGGACAAAGCUGUGCAAGUGCACUGAUUUUGGGCGAGGGGGGAGAGCGAGUGCGAUGGUGUCCAGGUCAGUGUUCUAGAGUGCUAUCAAUAUAAGUGGCGAUAGAAAUGGAAGCACGGAGAAGUGAAAAUCUUGAUUGCUCUAGGGCAAGGAUAAACUAGCGGAAAGAAUGCUUCCCGUCUAUUGAAAUAAGCUAUCGGAAAGAAUGUAUGCUCUCAUGUUUUUCCCUUCGGAUCCCCUCCCGUAUGGUGCAGUGCGUUUGUGAAUGAUAAGAGCUGCUGAAAACACUGUAAAUUGAAGCAUAACCGGGUGAAAAAAUCAAGUUGGGUGGCGCAGAAGCGAUUUUGCAAGAGAAAAAGUAAAACGACGGUCGGCACAUCUUAGGUGACGAAAAUUAGAGCGAAUGUAUUUAACUUUGAUCGCAUCACUAUCACGGUAUGUGUUCCGAUGAGCGUUUUAAUGAGAAGCGGAAUGUCACGUAUUGGAUGCAAAAUAAUCGUUCGGAAGAUAUUUCUAUAAUUGAAUCUUUAGCUUAGUUUCGUUCAUGGGUGAAGUGAAUAACAAACGCAUGAAUUUAUGCAGCAGCGUCUCGAAUUUGGCUCGAAUUGUUCAUGAGUGAAACGAAUGGAUAUCGCUGGCACUGGACUGUCGUGACCUCAUAUUCCAUCAUCUCCAUCGGCGAUGAGAUUUCUUAUUGCAUAGCCCCACAGUCUCGGAAUUGCACAGCAUCCGCAAUCACGCACACUGGUAAUGAGAUGAGAUAUUAUGCUAUCACCUAAUAUUCUCGCAUGUUAAUAAUACGAGCACCAUGUUGUCGUCGGCCAAAAACUGGUUUACAAUAACGCAUGGACAACACAAAUCUGCAGAUAACGAUGACAGGUUUAAUAGGUCAAACGGAAACGGAAUAUCAUAGUUAAAGCACCGGAAACAGAUACUGCUAGCGGGCAAGGCCUACAUCUUCCAACGAGUUGCAUACCGAGGAGAUGCAUUUUUGGAUCGAUAAGCGCUCGCAGGCUUGUGGUUUUGGUAGAGCGCGGGUGGCAGCAUCCCUAUCGGGCGGUGGGGGACUAGGAUUUGGACAUCCUCGGCGUAUACCACGAAAAUCAAUGGUUACCCCAAUUCAUCGGUUUCAAACGGUUGAUUGCACUAGGCCACAUCCCUAUCGGCAUCAGCAGUCACAAUCGCAACUUCUGCAACAGCAAUCGCAAUCACAAAACACUAGUCAACACUAUCAUCAGCAGCAGCAGCAACAGCAGCCACCAACCAGCAAUACUCAUCCGAAUAUUCAGCAGCAUCAGGCACAGUUGCACAGCAGCAGUCAUUAUAAUCAACAUAAUAGUAUACUCCCCGCUUCGACGCAUCAUUCCCAGGCUUCAUCCCAGAAUAAUCAUCUCCACCAACAGUCACAGCAACAGCAGCAGCAGCAAUCACAGCAAACAAACAGCUAUCAUGUGCCGGUCACAGUAAAUCAUAUUUAUAGCAAUACAUCCUCGCAGCCAAAUGCCAUUGAAGUCGACAACAGUUCAGCAGCGCUCGGAGUUGGAACACUCAAUCAGCAUGUGCCACACAUUGGUCACGACGCCCAGCUUCUGCCAGCGCAUCUCAAGUGUGGCAUGUGGGCAUCGCUGGCCUUAGCGACUGUCUUUGUCGCUGGUGCCAAAUUCUACUUCGAUCACCAGGGUACCGGCCUGGAAGUGCUCAUAUUUUGCGCAUUUUCGGCAACUUUUUUUCUUGCAGCGUGUACGGUCUCACUGUGCCGCCGUCCAAGGGAUCUUCAGAUACCCGCUAACAAUGUGAUAUCGGAGACGAUCUCCAACGGGGAGCAGAACUCCCUGCAGAACAAUCAGGACCUAAUGAAUAGCAAUCCUUCGCCUCUGCUGAAUGGCAGCGUGAGCGGAACACAGCAAAGUUCGCUGGCCGUGAUAGCACCACCGCCUCCCUAUCACAUUGCUAUUCUACUACCGGAAUGCACAAAGGAAACGGAUGAAUCACCGCCACCGUCAUACGAUAAAAUAGUGAUAUAAUAAUAAUUAAAAACUUAAACAGGUACUGCACGAGUUAAAAGUACACAUCCAACACCUGGCGUACUAUUUAUAUUAACAUAGCGAAACUCGAGCAUAAAUGCAAUCAGCGAUGCUGCACAGUGAAACCGGGUGCACUUGGUGCAUUAUUUAUGUUCACUAGGUGUGCUAGUUUGGUACAAGUGCUGUCGAAGUACAGCUGCCAUGAUGCCACGAGGGCCAAACUCCAGUGCUGAGUGGGCGUAUCUUCAUGUGACGGGUAGACAGGAUAUUUUUUUUUCUUCAAUUACAGCAAAUGCGCUGAAUUCAUAAGUAGGAACAAUAAAUUCCCAUUCGGUGUUAAUUGAAUAAGAUCGUAGGCUAAGCCAUGAAGCAUAGAUAUCGCGAGAUAGUGGAACAAAAUGCUCACAUUCUUAAUAUGUAUUCAAAUUAUCGACAAAGGUAUUUUAUAUUAUUGAGUAUUUGGUAUAAUGUACUGCUAUAGCUUAUCAACAGAAGAGGAAGAAGUGACUCGAGUGACGGGAUAGUAAUUUAAUUUUAAGUUAUAUGCGCUGCAACAAUCUGUUACAAAUACGAGUACAUAUAUAUACUAUAGAAGCGUACCCCCAAGUGCAUCGUAAGGAUUCAUCCCUACUCGCGGUGGGGUACAGUUGUCGGUUCGUGAUAGUGAAGAAGGCUUCAUUUCGAUGCUGCCGCAUCUGCAUACCAGCUGCGAUAGCGAUAGUGUAUUGAGUCGAGUAAUUACAAUUUUAAUAAAUUUUAUGAUCGGUAGA